CCCUCCCCUCCCUCCGGCGGGCCCGCCCUGUGAGGAGACCCCGAGGCCCCUCAGGUCACACUUCACAUCAGAAGACAUGGACAGCAGCAGUUUCAUCCAGUUUGAUGUUCCUGAGUACAGCAGCACCGUACUGAGCCAGCUGAAUGAGCUUCGCCUGCAGGGAAAGCUUUGUGAUAUCAUUGUGCACAUCCAGGGUCAGCCCUUCAGAGCUCACAAAGCCGUUCUAGCUGCCAGUUCUCCCUAUUUCCGCGACCAUUCAGCAUUGAGCACCAUGAGUGGCCUGUCAAUAUCAGUCAUCAAGAACCCCAAUGUCUUUGAGCAGCUGCUCUCUUUUUGUUACACUGGAAGGAUGUCCUUGCAGCUGAAGGAUGUUGUCAGUUUUUUAACCGCCGCUAGUUUUCUACAGAUGCAGUGUGUCAUCGAUAAGUGCACGCAGAUACUGGAAAGCAUUCAUUCGAAGAUCAGCGUUGGCGAAGUCGAUUCCGUCACCGUGGGGGGCGAGGACCCUCCAGAAAAUCACAACGGAGUGAAAGACAGUAGUUACUUUGCCAAUCCCGUCGAAAUCUCUCCUACGUAUUGUCCCCGGGUGCGGCAGUCUGCAUCUGGGUGCGACCUCCAAAUGGAAACAACUCCAACGAAGGGCCUGCAUAGCCGCCUCCAAGAAGAAGGGCAUUCGGACCGCGGAAGUAGCGGGAGCGUUUCCGAAUACGAGAUUCAGAUCGAAGGCGAUAAUGACCAAGCUGACUUGGUCAUCCGAGAGAGCCCGGCCGCCGAGGUCAAAGUCAAAAUGGAAAAAAACGACCGGCCGAGUUGUUCGGAUAGCUCUUCACUGGGCGAUGAUGGAUACCAUACGGAAAUGGUCGAUGGGGAGCAAGUGGUGGCCGUCAACGUUGGCUCCUAUGGCUCCGUUUUACAGAAUGCCUACUCGUACUCUCAAGGGACGUCCCAUUCUGCUGGAAUAUCGGAAUCCUUUGGAAGCCUGAGGAACUCGAGCUCUUCGCGGUCCAUGCUGGGCUCUUUCCGAGGCCGAGGGCGCCAAAAGCGGGUCUCUGCGAGCCACUUGCAUAGCGACAUCCCAACCCUGGCGCAAGGAGGAGAUGGCGAGUCGGCAGGAAGCCAACCAAGCUACGAUGACAGUCCGAGGGAAAGGAAUGUCAGAGGUCACUGGUACGCCUACAGCGAAAGGCUCAUCUGUAUAUACUGCGGGAAGUCUUUCAACCAGAAAGGGAGUCUCGAUCGGCAUAUGAGGCUACACAUGGGGAUAACCCCCUUUGUGUGCAAGUAUUGUGGGAAAAAGUAUACGCGCAAAGACCAGCUGGAGUACCAUAUCCGCGGACACACUGACGACAAGCCUUUCCGCUGCGAGGUUUGUGGGAAAUGUUUUCCUUUCCAGGGAACCCUGAACCAGCACCUGCGCAAGAACCACCCCGGGGUGGCGGAAAUAAGGAGCCGAAUGGAGUCUCCGGAAAGAACAGAGGCCUACGGCGAACCGAGAGAGGACGACGCCUCGGCCUCUGAAACCUUGGAUUACAGCAUGGACAUGCACACGUCGGAUUGAAAACAUCUGCGUCCCCUCGGCACAGCCCAAGCAAAAGCACAUCGAUCAACGCAUUUCCUUCUUGUUGCUUUUGAUCGUUUUGUCAACAGAUGACAACAGCAUUGGGAUUUCCCUUCCCUUUUUUGUUUUGUUUUAUGAGCAAGUCUUGUGGAUGUUGUUUCUGAGUAGAAAGCUAAUGUUUUGUUUUGAAGGAAGUAGGGGUAGCUUUAUUCCCUAAAGAUUUUAUAUAUACAUACAUACAUAUAUAUAUAAAGGGAGAAAAUAUUAUAGAAAUGAUGCACUUGCAGUGGGUGGGGCUAUGGCAAUGACAGAUAAAUAAGGCAAGUAUUAGAGGCCAACACACUGCGAGAGUGUGUUGUGCUUUGUGCACCCAAUCCUGUUGCAUGUCUACUUGGAAAGAAGUCCCACAAAUUCAGUUGGACUUACCGUAUAUACUCAAGUAUAAGCCGACCCAAUAUAAGCCAAGGAACCUAAUCUUAUCACAAAAAACUGGAGAAACUUAUUGACUUGAGUUUAAGACGAGGGUGGGAAAUGUAACAGCUACCAGUCAAUUUCAAAAUAAAAAUAGAUACCAAUAAAAUGAUAUUAAUUGAGGCAUCGGUAGGUGAAAUGUUUUUGAAUAUUUACCGCAUUUCAAAGAAAAACAGUAAAGUAUCUCUGUAAGUAGAAAAGUAGG